GGCCCUGGCGGCCCCAGUCCCGACCCCGGAAGGCGGCGCCGGUGGCCCGGGGCCCCUGUGCUGCCCGCUCCCCGGCACCAGGACCAGCCCCGGGCCCCGGCGUGGAGAGCACAGCCUGGGACCCCGCGGCGCCCCUCGAUCUCGGAGCAACGAGCACAGCGCCGCCUCUGAAGAGCUUCUUGGUUCAGGAUGGGAAAUCACGUGGGGAAACGCGAGCCACACGCGGAGAAGACCAGCACGGAUGCUGAAACUAACAGAGGAGAAUCUGAAAAAAAGAGACACCUCAGUGGAUUUUCCCAAGCGGCCUCGGAGGACAGCGACGUGUUUGGAGAGGCAGAUGCGGACCAGAACAAUGGGGCCUCCUCUCAGGACACAGCGGUGACAGACUCCAAGCACACAGUGGACCCAAAGAAUGCCUGGCAGGACGCCCGCCCAGCUGACCCGGGGCGCCGCCCCCACUUGGUCCGCCUCUUUUCCCGAGAUGCCCCCGGGAGGGAGGACAACACCUUCAAAGACAGGCCCUCCGAGUCGGACGAGCUCCAGACCAUCCACGAAGACAGUGCAGCUGCUCCCGAGGGCCUGGAUGUGAUGGCAACACAGAAGAGGCCCUCCCAGAGACACGGAUCCAAGUACCUGGCCACAGCGAGCACCAUGGACCAUGCCAGGCAUGGCUUCCUGCCCCGGCACAGAGACACGGGCAUCCUUGACUCCAUCGGGCGCUUCUUUGGCGGUGACAGGGGUGUGCCCAAGCGGGGCUCUGGCAAGGUCCCCUGGCUAAAGCAGAGCCGGAGCCCUCUGCCCUCCCAUCCCCACAGCCGGCCUGGGCUGUGCAACAUGUACAAGGACUCACACCACGUGACAAGAACCACCCACUACGGCUCCCUGCCCCAGAAGUCCCAGCAUGGCCGGGCCCAGGACGAGAACCCUGUAGUGCAUUUCUUCAAGAACAUCGUGACGCCUCGCACGCCUCCUCCAUCACAAGGGAAGGGGAGAGGACUGUCCCUGAGCAGAUUCAGCUGGGGGGCCGAGGGGCAACGGCCAGGAUUUGGCUACGGAGCCAGAGCGUCUGACUACAAAUCCACCCACAAGGGCUUCAGGAGAGCUGACGCACAGGGCACUCUGUCCAAGAUCUUUAAACUGGGAGGAAGAGACAGCCGCUCCGGGUCGCCCAUGGCCAGACGCUGAGGCCCUGGCCUGGCCCGGAACCCUGCCCUCCGCUCCCGAUGUAACUGCCUUAAAACUUUAAUGCCCUUUGCCUCAGUCCCCGUUAGAGCAGACGGCCUCCCCCUAACGCCUUUUGGGUGUGCACACAGUAGUGCCAGGCACGCCGCAUGGCACCCUACUAGCAACUUCUGCCCAACAGUAAAACGGAGAAAAAGAAAACAGAAAAUGGCUAAAACCGUCACUUCACGUUUGAAGAUUACGUUUCCCGGGAGUGUCCACUCCCUGACACGAGCCCCAGCAGCACCCGGGUCUCGGCAGGCCUGAGUGCACGGACGCCCCUCCAGGUCCACCCCUCCAUCCUUGGACUUCCUUUUCACCUAACCACGGCCCCCGAGCUUCGCUGGGCACUGCCAUGGCAACACACUGCUGCAGAGACAGAGAACGUGGCUGGCAGGAGGACUGUUGUGAUCCAGGCUUCUUUGGUUUUCUUUUCCUGCCCUUCUCUCAUUUCCUAAAGUGCCCUUUAUUUUCCUAACAGGAUUAGACAGUCAAGGAGUGGCUACUACCCAUGGGAGCUUUUGGCAUGUGAAACGCGGGCCCGGGCGGCUGUUAAGAGUCAUGGUGGGCAGCCCAGAGAGGGGGGUGCGCCUCCAGGCCAGUGCUGCCCACCCACCCCACUUAGCUGAAUUUGUGCAUGGCAGGGAGAGGAUAGGUAACAAG